CCGACGUUGGUCGCAGCGUCCGUCGCCGUCGUUCUCGGCAACGCCCAAGCCCGGAGAUGCCUUCUCUCAUUGACACAGUCCGCACGAAGUUCCUCGAGGCGAUCCGCUCCGUGCAGCCACCGACAAGAUGGAAGAUCUUGGUCGUGGACCCGCAUUCGCAGAAACUGUUGGGCUCGGUCCUCAAGCAGUUUGACAUCCUUGAAGAGAAUGUGACGCAGAUUGAGUCGAUCACCAACUACAGAGAGCCGCAGAGCGGGUUCGAGGCCAUCUACCUGCUCAUGCCGACGACGCAGAACGUGGAUCGCCUCAUGAAGGACUUUGCGGGCAAUGUACCGCAGUAUGCGGGCGCGCACCUGUUCUUCCUAGACCCGCUUCCCGAGGACCUCUUCCAACGGCUGGUCUCAUCCCCAGCCGAACCUUACUUGCGAGGCUGCAAGGACCUGUUUCUGAACCUAUGGGCCACCGAGGCGCAGACAUAUUCCAUGCAAGCACCCGAGCUGUUCUUCAGCAUGUUCAGCCCCCCACCAGCAGACAAGGACUACCGGAUAGCACGCGACCGCCUGGAGGAGCACAUCGUUUACGUUGCCCGCGUCAUCGCCAAUCUCUGCAUCACGCUCGACGAGUUCCCCUACAUCCGCUACUACUUCCCGCAGACCCACCCACCACUCGGCCCCCUCCGACCGAACCAGACAACACGCCCACCACCGCCUGCCGAGACCGCCACCCGCUGGCGAACGAACCUUGCGCGCGGAGACCAAGCACGCCAGUUCGAGGCGGUGGAGACUGACUUUGUGUCGCGAUUGAUCGCAUUCAAGGUGCAAGCGCUGUUGGAGGAGAACAAGAAGGCGAACCCCGACUUCGCGAAGCCCACGCAACCACCUCGGCAGCGGGCGACGCUGAUUAUCACUGACCGGUCCAUGGAUAUGCUCGCUCCGUUCAUCCACGAAUUCACCUUCCAGGCAAUGGCGAACGACUUGCUGCCCAUAAAGGACGGCACGAAGUAUACAUAUAAAUUCCAGUCCUCGAAGGGGGCAUACGAGGAUAAGACGGCGACGCUGAGCGAUGCGGACAACGUAUGGGUCGAAGUUCGGCAUAUGCACAUGCGGGAAGCCAUCGACAAGCUGAUGGCCGACUUCAACAAAUUCGUUGAGGAGCAUGCUGUGUUCAACGGCGAGGGAGCAGCGAGCUUGUCUGACAUGAAGGAUAUGCUUGCAUCGCUACCACAAUACCAGGAUCAGCGAGAGAAGUUCUCCCUACACCUUAACAUCGCUCAAGAGUGCAUGGGCAUCUUCGAGCGGGAUAAUUUGCCUGCGGUAGCCAAUAUCGAGCAGUGCUGCGCCACCGGUCUCACCGCCGAGGGGAAGACUCCAAAGACCCUCAUCGAGGAGAUGGUCCCCAUACUUGACAGCAGGGAUGUCAUCAACCUCAACAAAGUGCGCAUAAUCGCCCUCUACAUCCAGUACCGCGACGGCGUGCCCGAGGAGGACCGGCGGCGGCUGUACCAGCAUGCGCGAUUGUCGCUGGCUGAGAUAGACGCGAUCAAGGCGAUCGAGAAGAUGGGGGUGAAGAUUGGGAAGGAGCCCGGCGGCCGUGAUACGAAGAAGAGCAAGCUGAAGCAGAAGCCAACGGACGAUGACUAUGAUCUCUCACGAUUCAAGCCAUUGUUGAAGACGAUGCUGGAGGAAAACGUCGCAAACAAACUCGACCAGACCAUGUUCCCAUACGUCAAGGAGUCGCCCGCCAGCAUGCCCCCGCCACAGACCCUGCGCGCGCACUCGUCACAGAGCACGUCGCUGCGCAGCCAGAAGCCCGCGUGGCAUCGCGCGCCAAAGCCCGCGGUCGAGAACCGCGAGCGGCUGCUCGUCUUCGUCGCCGGCGGCAUGACCUACUCGGAGGUCCGUGAGGCGUACCAGCUGUCGAAUGCGCUGAACCGGGAUAUCUUCAUCGGCUCCACCCACACCAUCACGCCACGCAAUUUCAUCGACGACCUCAAGGUGCUCGACCUCGGUGGCGUCGGCUCGCGCGCCGCGCCUGACGGCCUCAACAAGGAGAGCAGAGGCCCCAGGCGUGGCUUCCAGGAGUACUAUGACGAGCGGUUCUACGCGGAGGAUGCCCCGCGGCCACCGCCGCCGUCGCAGAAGCUGCCAUUGCCGAGGGAGGAUAGGCGGGGCGCGCCGGCGAUGUCGCCCGCGCCAUCUUAUGGGAGCGCGAGCUCGAGCAUAUCGGGGACGUCGGGGACGGUGAAGGAGAAAGAGAAGAAAAAGAAGAAGGGGCUGUUUAGGUUCUAAGUGCGAGCGCUAUGGUCGGACAGGAGGGUUGUGGUGGGAGAGGACUAGGUUAGGAGGCAGUGGAAGGCAACGGGAGGAGGCCAAGAUACACGCGCGAAGGACGUUGUGCGCUGAGUAAUUUAUGACCUACAUACCCAUUAAUGCAGUCUGGAUUUGAGGAUUUAUGGAAGGUGCGAGCGAUCUGAGGUGAAUAGUAUACAGUCUUCCAAAUUGCUGCGAAUUAGACCUCCGUAAUGCAAGUACCGACAUUCUCCCCAUUCCCAAGACGCCGCUCGACUUCCAUCCCAAUCUUCUUGACCAUCUCCUCGACCUCCUCGACGGGUCUAUCGCGCACAAUGGCUCCUUCACGUUGCAGGAGCGUCAGGGCACGGAUGAGCCACGUCCUGCAACUGAGGCCAUUCUUGCGAUUCGUGCGCCAGCUAUUCGAUCCGCCCGAAGGUUCCAGACUUGCAAACAGCUCGCGGACGUUGAGUCCGCUGGGCGUGUAACCGCGAAC